AGAAUAAAACAGCUCUUUCUCUCUCUUUUAUCUCUUUUAUCUCUCAUAUCUUCACUUUUGAAUAUAGGAGAGGGUGCUUGAAAUAAAAUAGAGAGAGAGAGAGAGAGAGAGAGAGUAGAAAGAUCAGAAGUGAAGAAAAUAAGUAAAGAGAGAGAAGAGAAUUAGGAAUGAAGUUCUUGUUUCAAUGUCCUUGUUGUUCUUGUUUUUGCUUCAUGAAGCCUAAACAAGGCAAGCCAAAAGCAGCUCAAGAUCAUCAGAAUCAACCCAAAAAAGAAGCCAAAAAAGAAGACAAACCAGCUCCACCACCCAAAGAGGAGAAGAAAGAAUAAUAAUAAUAAUGAAAUUUCUUUUAAUUUUAUUAUUAUUAUCAAUUUUCUUUUUUCUUUUCCAACUCCAAAUUAUAUAAUCAAUGUAUGUACUCUCCAAACUUUAUGGAACAAUCUACUGAUCUGCAUUAGAUUUCCCUUUCUGAAAAUUGCAGACAUUGUCUUAGCUAAGAUUUGUCUUUGGAUUUCAUUUUUCUGUCUCAACAUUAUAAUAUUUGUAAUAAAUUAUGUGCUCAAUCACCAUCCAUUUAUAUAUCAUUUUCCUUUCCUA